AUGGGGCUUGGUACUCAUAUUGUGGAUGUUUCUUUUCGUUCUUCCUCCUCAUUAGUGGUUGGUACAGACUUUUCUUCUUUAUCGACCUUUUCAACCAUUAUCUCUUUUUCUUUUCUCUUUGGUCUCUUUAUAUGUAUCUCUGAAAGUUAUGCUGUGCUAUCUAAUUCAUAUAUUUAUACUGCUUUUGGAGACACAACUUUUUCUACUGAAAAUAUGGAAUAUGCAAUAUUGGACCAUGUAGGCGCUGCUAUAGGCAUUAAGAACAUAGACACUGACAAGUUCCCUUCAUUUACUUCUCUUUGCUCUUGCUUGUUCCCUGCAUCUUCGUCUAAAGAAAAGCAAGAGGAGGUGAAGUUGGCAUGGGAGGCCACCUUGAAACUUUCACUUAGGGACAUAUUUUGUGAGGAAACCCUUUUAGUUGUACGAUCUGCACUUUCUAGCAACUUUGGGCUUCUUUUCUCUCCGUGUGGAUCACCAAGAACAAACUCAUUCCGGAGCGUUGGAAUUGCGAGUGCCUCUUCUCCUAAACUUCAAAACUUUGAAGAAUUAUGGAUGAAGUUGAGGCAAGAGAUUUAUGGAUAUAUGGAUUUGAACUUCAAUAUAUAUUCUCUUGACCGAAAUCCCUCUUGCCAUCGAGUUGGGACUUUGUCGCUUGAGCACCAAGGUUUUGGAGGUCGAGUGCCAUGGUCUAGCUGUGAGCGCGAUGUGGGCUUGCAGCGAGUAGUCAACACGUCAACCUUUUUCUUGAAAAUGGAAAAUGGGUAUGACAGGAUAGUUAAAUUUUGGGUAUCAUUGAUUACAGCACUUGACCAAGGAGAAAUCAAGAUUCUUUCAAUGAAGCUGCUUCAAGAAGAUCCAAUAAUUCUUGAUAGAGUUAUAGUUAAUAGUUACUCUGAUACUCCUUUGCACGUAGCAGCAAUAUUGGGACAUAUCGAUUUUGUGAAGGAAAUCUUAAGACGAAGACCUGAAAUUGCACAAGAAUUGAAUUUAUGUCAAUCAUCGCCUCUCCAUUUGGCAUCCGCUAAAGGUCAUAUCGAGGUAGUUAGAGUGCUGUUAUCAGCUAAUCGUCUAAUGUGCUCAGCUCGUGAUAGAAAUGGUCUGACGCCUCUCCAUCUGGCAGCCAUCAAAGGCCGGAUUGAAGUCGUGAAAGAGUUGGUUCAUGCAAAACCUGAUGCAGCUCGAGUGAUCGUGACUCAAGGUAAGACUAUUCUGCAUUUGUGUGUGAAGUACUAUCAGAUUGAGGCCUUAAAGCUCUUAGUGAAUAAUAUUAGAGAUCAAGAUUUCACAAAUUGUAAAGAUAGUGUUGGAAAUACUAUUUUACACUUGGCAGUAGCUGACAAACAAGUUGAGGUAUGCCAAUACUAUAAUAUUCUUUUACAGUUAAAUUUUUUGCUUAUGGAGUCUGCAGUGGAAGUUAACUCUCAGAAUCUCUAUGGGAUGACUGCAAUGGAUGUUCUGGUCCAUAGUCGGAUUGAUGUGAGGGAUGAAGAAAUUGAAGAAACUCUGAAAUGUGCUGGAGCAUUUAAAUCAACAGAAAACAAUUCAUUAGUCCAAAUUAAUCAUAACAUAACUAGUCCAAGCUCAAAUUUGUCCUAUGAACACCGAGAUUUGUCCUCAAAUGUGAAAAAGAACAGUAGAGAAAAGAUGUUUAAACAAAAAGAUGAUUGGUUGGAGAAAAAACGAAGUGCAUUAAUGGUAGUGGCUUCUUUAAUUGCAACCAUGGCAUUUCAAGUUGGAAUCAACCCUCCGUGUGGAGUAUGGCAGGAUAAUUAUAAGGUUAACUCACAUGGUCAUACUAUAUCAGUAUCCGAUUCUCACAAGGCUGGAGAAUCCAUUUUCGCUCAUAAUCAUCCGGAGGAUUAUAGACAGUUCUUGAUUGCAAAUACAGCAGGACUCAUUGCAUCACUCAGUAUCAUAUUAUUGUUGAUGAGUGGUUUACCUCUAAGGAGGAGAAUAUUUAUGUGGAUUUUGAUGGUGAUCACUUGGAUUGAAAUUACAGCAGUUGCAGUGACUUAUCUCUUUUCAAUAUCUGUUAUAACACCAGAGAAAGAGAGAGAAAAACAAACAAUUGUAAUUUUGAUUGGGUUAUCACUUUAUAUAUGGCUUGGCCUCAUGGUUCUGCUUCUCAUUGGACACACGAUUCGAUUGCUAAUCAAGAUGGUACGAAAGUUAAUAAAAUAUUUGAGCCCGAAAGAAAGGAUUCAAGGUUCGGGAACUACAAGUCAUUGCACUGUCUAAGGUGUUGUUACGUUAUGUCUAGUAAG